AUUAUCGGGCCUGGAGAAUGGCCUGCUGGGUCUGAGCUCGCGCAAUAAUGCCGUCAUGUGGUCUCGUUCCGUGACGGAAAUUGAGAAUGUUGACAUCGUGUGCUUUGGCCAUCUGAUCUAUGAAAUGUGCACCGGUCAGGAAAUGACCACACCGAAACCGUCCAUGCGGGUGCUCGAAAUGGAGUUGCAGCAUUAUCCACAAAUUGGCCAGGUUCUGGAAAUAUUAGGCCUUAUCUUUGAGCCGCCCAGCGGCGUAUGCCCCUCCGUCGAGGACCUAGUCCUAUGCGAUCUAUUCCGUAGCAUCGAUUUACGCGAGCUGCGCGGCCCGUGCUUCAGUACAAUCAAGCCGAGCCUCAGCCGAUCCACGUUAAAUUUGCUGCACGCCGUAAAGAAGCGGCAAUGCGCCUCGCUGGGCAGCUCCUUCAGCGCGGCGAGUUCUCCGUGCACGCCCCCCUCGACGCCGCAUGAUCGACGCACUGGCAUCAGCCGAACAAUGGACUCAUUUGACAUAUCAAGCGAGGAGGAGGAGGCGGAGGAGGAGGGACUGCUCGAGGAGAUUGUGGUGGGCGGCAGCAGCGUCUGUCAGAUGAAGAGCCUGCAGCGACUGCAGCGUAACCAGAACUGCGACUCCGCCUCGUCCUCGUUUACACGCACCCAGCACAGGCAACAGUAUGCGCCGACGGAGUCGCCCAUUCACUACUGCGACCAUGCGGUGCUCUACUCGGAUGACAACAGCAACAGCCACAAUGCCCAGGAGCAGCCCACAAUUCACUGCAGCUCCAGCAGUCAAAGCAAUCUGAAUGUGCUGCUCGCCGAGGGCGGCGUCGAUUACGAGCAGGCCGAGCGCGGGGAGGAGCAAGCAGAUGAUGCGGUGGCCAGUGGCUCGGGUGGAGCACAACGCUUGCAUGCCUCGUCGGCCUCGUCGGCGGCGGCCUCCUUCAAUCAUCAGCUGACGGCGGACAUGUGCAACUACAAGAACUCGAAGAGUCGUCGUUUGGAGUAUUCGCUCAAGUGUCUGAAAUAUGGACGCAGUAAUCCGUCGCAGGACUCGGCAUUUGGUUCGCUUACCGAUAACGAUUUGUCCAUUGGCUCGUCGAGCAUACGCCUGAACAGUUUCCAAUCGAUCUCUUCGCCCAUUGACGAGGGCGUCGAGGAUGUCAUCAUAGCGACGACAACGGGCGGCAAGGAGACCUGCCUGGAACUGGCCACCAUACCGCGCAGCAUGGUCUCGCAGGACUCGGCCAUCUCGUCGCCCUGUCGCGAGAGCUCGCCCAGCAAUUUUCUGCACAUUGACGACGCCAUGUCCGGCACGGGCUCGACCUCAUCCGGUUCCGGCUGCGCCUCGCUGGGCAACAUGCGACCGCAGCACUUUCCCGUGUCGCUGUCCCCCAAGAUUCUGGUGACGGCGACCAGCAACUCGAGCAACUCCUCGCUAGCCUCGAGCAGCACAGCUCAGCCGCAGCUCCAGCAGCAGCAACAGCAGCAGCAGCAGUUCGAUCCGCCCAAGAUUCUCGUCAAUGAUCAGAAUUCGAUUUACACCACGUCGCCUUCGAAGCGCUCCAGCAUGAUUGAGGUGUUCUCGCAGAAAUAUCGGGUCAGCUCCUUUGAGGACAUGUCGCCGAAGCGCUCCGGCUCCGGCUCCGUCUCCGGCUCGGACAAGCAGUAUCUGAAGAACGUCAACCGGCUGGCCUUUCGCUCGCUGGAGGAGGAGCGCCGCAUCGAUAACGCCUUCCUGCCCAUGGCGGAUCGCACGCACUCGGACAAUCGCGUCAACAUGCAGAGCGAGAAGUACAAGAAGCUGACGCACGCCUCGUUCCGCAUCAGCAAGACGGCGUCAACGGAUCAAUCGCCCAGCCAUCAUCCAUCCUGCAGCAUGGAGCUGCAACGCACGGGCAGCGCCAGCGGCAGCCAGCGUCAGACGCUCUGGCGGGACAGCAAGUUCUAUCGCAAGAAUCGGAUUGCCAAGAGCAACGAUUCGCUGCUGGAGCACUCGCCGAAUCACUCCAAUCACUCGACGCACUCGGCCCGGCUCUCGCCCAGCUCGCUGCGGGACAAUCACUACGAGAGCAGCUGCUGCUCCUCCACCCAGGGCAGUCGCCGGUCGCUCAGCGGCAGCCAGCAGAUGUUGAGCGUAACCACGAGCUUCUGUGGCACGAGGCACGGGGUGCGACGCUAUUGCAGCUCCAAGAGCGAGGAUCUGGGUGAGUCCUCGGACUAUUUGCGUGUAAUGGACGCACGUAAAUCGUACUCGGAACGGCAUUUGGUGCGUCUCAAGCAGACGGCCAUCAACAAUACGCACAGCGGCAGCGAGGACGAACUGAGCUUCAACGAUGACAAUAAUCCUUCAUCAUCGUCAUCCGCAUUUGCAGCAGCCAGCAGCAACCAGGGACAACAGCAGCAGCUGCAGCCGCCGGCACGCGGCGGCAAGCUGAGCUGGAGCAGCUGCUCCAUUAACCACCUGAAGACGACCAAUAUCAAGACCACUUCGCUGGCCACGCUCACCUGCCAAACGAAUUUAAGCUCCAACUUUCCCUCCGCCCAGGCGCCAGCAACUGCCAGCAACUAUCGCACACCAUCCAAGUCCCUGGAUCAGGCUCUCAACGUCAGCAGCGGCAGCGGCAGCACGAGCAACAGCACGAGCAACAGCAGCAGCGGCAACAGCGCCGCCGCCGAGGACAACAGUUCCGUGGAUGAGUCGCCCUCGAGGCGAACCCUGAGCGGUGCCGAGCUGUCGCGCAUCUUUGUCAUGGACAUGGACGAUGCGCCGGGCAGCAGCUGCAGCGAGGAGAAGACGCCGCUGCUCGACAGCGUCGAGAUGUCACCGAUUAGCCCAACCGAGCCGCAAUCUGACCUGGACAAGCUAUAAGAGAUUGAGAGAUAUAAUUAAGAGAUGACAUGAAAAAUAUCCUUUUUUUUUCUUAGAGAGUGUGACGUCACAAUAUCGGCUUGGGCUUUGCUUGCAUACCUUUUGAAUUGAGCGUGAGAGAGAAAUGAUCGUAAGCCAUGUUUUUUUUGUACGAGCGCAAGAUAUUGUGCCGUCACAAUGGCUCUCUCUAUCGU